AUGACAGGCCGGAGUGGGCGGGGUCAACUUGUUGGAUCUCUUCCAACCAAGACAACAAAAUAUUAUACUACAAACUGGAAAAUGUCGCAUAAGAUUGUUAGUGUUAGUGUCAGGGAUGUGCGGUUCCCCACCUCUCUGGAGCAGCAUGGCUCUGAUGCAAUGGUAAGGAAGUUUAGUAGCAGUAAUCUGAGUAUUUGUGAGAACUUUUGUAACUGCAGCCUGAACUGUUCAAAACCUGUUUCAACUUCUCCACACUGCAGCACACAGACCCGGAUUAUUCGGUCGCAUAUGUCGUUAUCAACUCGGACAGCGGACUGAAGGGCUUCGGCUUGACGUUCACCCUCGGAAAAGGCACCGAGAUCGGUGAGACUUUUUCGGUGUAGCUUUAAAGAUAUCUAUGGGUGCAGAGCCGACUUCAUGACGAGACUGAAGUUAGUUUCUCAUUCAAUGAGGUCAGUCUGAGGGGGUUUGAAAUCUCCCAGAUCCAGAAUCACAGCAUGUUGACUUUUGACUUUUUGGCCCAGAUUUUUACAGAAGGUAUACCACCUAUUUAUAAAAGUAGGCCCAAAGGUGAACUUUAUUAUUUUCAUAGAAAGUUAUAUCAGACUAAUCUGAAGUUGUGUAUUAACUUGUUGGGGAGAGUGGGGUAAGUUGAGCCAAAGGGUAAGUUGAGCCACCCUCUGUUGCUUGGAAAUAGUGAAAGAAAUUGAUCAUGUGACCACAUACUUAGGAGAUGGGCAUCAAUUCAUGGAGUCUGUGAAGUUUAGAGGAACAUGGGUGAAAGGGUUAGACAUUUAUUAAAAAAAAUAAAAAAAACAUUUUCACUCUUGAAAGUGAAUUUAGUCCGUCAUAGUAGGGAUACGGCUCAACUUACCCCGCUCCUAUGGUCAACUUACCCCAUACACGGGGUAAGUUGAUCAUAGGAGACCACUUAUUUUUGUCAUGCCAUAUUAUCAUGACAGUUAUAUCUACACUCCUUCUGUUGGUUUGCAGGGAUGAACAACAUCUUGAAAUGUAUGCAGAUACACUAGUUAGAGACAAAACUAUGAUUGUCUUGAUGUAGUGAUCUGAAAUAUGAAAAAUGGCUCAUCUUACCCCACUCUCCCCUAUGCAGGCUCACUUGGAUACUCCUAGAAGUGGCCUAGAAGUUAACCGAAAAAGCAGCUAAAUCCCCCCUUUAUUGCACUUUCACAUAUAGGAUAGAGGUUGCACAAUUUGUAAGAAUGGAUUGUAGACAGUUAAAUCCAGGUUCAACAGGCCUUUGCAUAGUGGUUCUGGAUCAGGACCUGGUUCAACAUGGUCACGUUUUUUUGUUUAUAUUAUUAUUUUAUUAUUAUUACUAUUAUUAGUUAUUUCCACUGUAAUAAAAAUGACAUGAAUGUGACCCUGUGUAUAAAAAGUCCCCUCAGGAAAUAUCCAGUUGAAGUUUUGUAUCAAUAGUUUUAUCUGGUUGCUUUAACUUUACAUAAGCACAAGCGUCGAAUCAGAUGCCAACUUCGUGUUACUUCUUGGCACCAACCCAAACUGCACAGAUUUAACCACGUGACUGUGUAGCCCUGCAUUUUCACUUAGUUGGUUUUGCAGAUCUUAAUUUGUGAAUUUGAACAAAGUGUAUACUCGCAGGAGUCGUAAACUACAUCAAAUACUACAUCUGUUGGCUCCUAUUUAGUGGUGAAUUGUACUUUGUUCAAGUACCCUUGUAUCCUUAAAGUAGAAAUAGGUCUACUUCUAUUGUUCCUUAUUCUGAGUGUACCUGUCUUGAAGUCAUGUGGACGAAGUUGAACCGCGCAUCGCCACCUUGUGGUUGUGCAAAGUUACUACAGUAAUACAAUGAAGCUUAUUAUUGAUCUUAAACUUAGAUUAUAACAGUCUCACUGUGGCUGAGUGAAACUGAGAAUUAGUCCUGAUACUUUAUCUUUUUAGGAGUUUGAUUUGUCCGUGUUGUCUCCCACAGUGGUCUGUGCUGUGGAGGCUCUGGCAGGACUGGUUGUCGGGAAAACUCUGCAGGAGAUCGUGAGCGACUUUCGUGGAUUUUACCGCCUGUUGACCAGUGAUAGUCAAAUGAGAUGGGUGAGAAAAGGCAAAAAGUAUGAGAAAUACUGACCCUCAAAACUAAUGUUAAUGACUAAUGUUAGGACAUGAGUUUUUACUUUUUACUUUACUUUCAGAUUUAGUCUAGUUUUGGCCGGGACACUUUGUACUGUUUUAAAACAUCUAUGCUCUCUAGUUUUUAUUGAAGCCCCCAGUUUUUGAGGCAUUUGCUUCAUAGGGAACUUUUUUUAAUGCUAGGUUUAAAGAUUAGCUCAUAAUUGAGAAACCUUCAAGGAAUAUUCCAGCAUAAAAUUAAAUUAGGGUUAAGCACACCGUGACUUUAACUCAGAGUGUUUUUUUACACUUUUUCUGAACCAGCUGGGCCCAGAAAAAGGAGUGAUCCACCUGGCCACUGCUGCCGUCCUGAACGCUGUGUGGGACCUGUGGGCGAGGGCAGAGUCCAAGGUUCGACGGUUUGAUUAUGUUUUAAUAUAAAAAUUACAGUUUAAUUCAACAGUAUUGAUCAGCUGUUGUCAUCACUUUCCUGUAGCCGUUGUGGAAGCUUCUGGUCGACAUGGUGAGUUAAAAAAAAUACAGACUUUCAUGUUUUAUUUCCAUAUAUGUGUGAUUCUGAAGAAAAACGAGAUUACAUCUUCUGUUUGUCAAUGUAGGAUCCAAAACAGCUCGUCUCCUGCAUUGACUUCAGAUACAUCACUGAUGUCCUCACAGAAGAGGAGGCUCUUGGUGAGACUCGCUCAUGACGUAGUCUCCAUUAAAUACAGCUUGUAGAGAGAGAAACCCCCUUUUUUAAACGCAGUCCUCUUUUUCCUAUUCAGACAUACUCAUGAAAGCGCAGGAGGGCAAGCAGCAGAGAGGUGAGAACACUCAAAAGAGCCUUUAAUUACACGUCUGAAUGGGAUUAUCCAGAGAGAAAUUGCCUCUUUGGAAAUCAUCAGGAGUGCUUUUAGCCUCUAUUAUAGCUCCCUACACUCCAUGACAGCUCCAUUAAACCGUGCUCCUCCUAGAGUGUUUAAAUUAAAUUUGUGGACUGCUUCUCUUGCCUUGCAGAGGAUCAAAUGCUGAGAGAGGGUUACCCUGCCUAUACCACUUCUUGUGCCUGGCUCGGAUACUCGGAUGAACAACUAAGACAGGUAAAUGUGCUGUAGGUUCUCAGAUUGGACCACAGACUGUAUAAAAUGCAGGUUUUAGAAGGCCUGAACUAGAGGCUUGUCGGCUUCUUAAAUGUUUUAGUCUGUAUAAAUCUUAUUUGUGUUUCCGAAGCUGUGCACAGACGCGCUCAAAAGCGGUUGGACCAAAUUCAAGGUGAAAGUCGGUGCAGAUCUGGAGGACGACAUCCGUCGGUGCCGCCUCAUACGGCAGAUGAUUGGACCCAGUCAUUCUUUGGUAAGACCUCCACUACUCCACUCAGAAAAGAGACUAUGGUUUACUGAAGUGUUUUCUUUCUUUAGAUGAUCGAUGCCAACCAGAGAUGGGACGUGGCUGAGGCCAUCAGCUGGGUGUCCAGCCUGGCUGAGUUCAAACCUCUGUGGAUCGAGGAGCCCACAUGUCCCGAUGACAUCCUGGGUCAUGCUGCAAUCUCAAAGGUGGGUGGGUUUUUUCAAUGCCAUUAUGUGGCAGACAAAAACAGGAUUUUUAGUUUGCAACAGUUAAAAGAUGCUCAUUUUUGCAGGCCCUGGCUCCUCUGGGGAUUGGAGUGGCAACAGGAGAGCAGGUCAGAACUCAAGUUUUAUUCCUAUCAUACAAAUCUCAAGUAUUAAGAUUCUAGUUUUAAAUUCUGUGUCUGUCUCCUCUUCAGUGUCACAACAGGGUGAUGUUUAAGCAGUUCCUCCAGGCCUCAGCUCUGCAGUUUGUCCAGAUCGACAGCUGUCGGCUGGGCAGCGUCAAUGAGAACCUGGCUGUGCUGCUCAUGGCCCAUAAAUUCCAGGGUAAGACUGAGAAACCUCAUGAGCUUAAAGGGAUAUUCCGGCGUAUAAUUCAUUUAGGGUCAAACUCACCAUGACACAGAGUUAGACACUCCUUUGGGAGAUUAAUGUUGCUAGACACCCCCUUCUCUAGUUAUACCAACUUUAGUAACGACCGCACGAUAGCAAUACACAGUGGUCUUAGGAGCCACACAAACUUUACUCCACUCUAUAGCCACAAAUAAUGCUCAGAACAGCACCUAACUUCAUCAACAGUACAUAUAGGGUCUUAGCCAUAGUACUAGCCACCAAACAUCUUUUUUACUUUGCCUAAUUUCUUAAGCAAAGAGAAGAAACACAACUCUUCCAGCAGCCACUUGUUUGGAGCAAGACCUCGACUAGUCCGUCAUUGACUGAAGAAAGUGAUAAAGAAAAUGAUAAAGAAAUGAUCAUAAAUGUUCUUCCUUGAGCUGCGUCACCCCGCUGCAGUCAAUGAUGGACUAGUCUUUAGGAAGCCCUUGAAGAUGAGUUCAACAGAACUGACCAGAUCACUUUUACUUAAACAGUCUUAAUCUGGAGAACUUUUUUCACUCUACUACACCAAUUCUGUUUUCUUCCAUAGUGCCUGUUUGUCCUCACAGCGGAGGAGUCGGUCUCUGUGAGCUUGUGCAGCAUCUGAUUCUCUUUGACUACAUCAGUGUGUCUACAAGUCUCAAGAACCGGUACGAUCAGGGUUUGAUUUGGUCCAGCAUUUAAGCUCUUUGCAGUUUCUGAUAAGAAAUCUUGAAUCAAAAACCUGACAUCCUUUAUUCUUUUCUCUCUACAGAAUGUGUGAAUAUGUCGAUCACUUGCAUGAACACUUUACCAGCCCUGUGGUGAUACGCGACGCCCACUACAUGCCCCCUAAAGUAAGAUAGCGCACAGAUGCCAGUCAUAGUGAACUGUAAUCAAACGUUGCUCCUUAACACAAGUCAUACUUGCUGUUUAAUGCACUUGUUUGUGUAAUUGAAACAUGUUUGUCCUCAGGAUCCAGGCUAUUCUUGUGAGAUGCUGGAGUCGUCAGUGAAAAGACACCAGUACCCCGAAGGAGAGGUUUGGAAACUGCAUGCGAACAAAUGCUGA